AUGUCUCAACCUCAGCAGGACACCGAGUGGUCGAGGAGAGAUAGUGCCGUCAAACGAGGGCAACUCAGCAUUCCGUCUGACCAGGGGAACGCAAUUGAAGUGAGAGCAUUGAGAAGUUCGAUCAGCGAUGCAGGCUCUCUCAUGCAUAACCUCAGCCUAUCCCCUUCGUUUCAGGAUAGACGGGGGUCCCGCAAUUCUUUUGGCAUGGCCCUGCCUAUCCCUAAAUCUCCACGAACUUCGAGACUAUCCGGCUCUCGAGACCCCGCAAGCCUCAAGCGAGAUGUGCUUGCUUCACAGAUCCAGGACAUGGCAAAGGAAAAAGUCGAAGCAGCCAAGAACAUGGCAUUUGCUUUCGAUAUUGAUGGCGUUCUGGUUCACGGCAAGAAACUUAUCCCGGAGGCUGCCAGAGUAAUGGAGGUUUUGAAUGGAGACAACGAACUCGGAAUCAAGCUGCCAUACAUAUUGCUGACCAAUGGUGGGGGUAAGACCGAGAGUGCCCGAGUGGACGAGCUUUCUGGGAUCCUCAAAUCACCAAUUUCCACCGAGCAGUUCAUCCAGUCUCACACUCCCAUGCAGGCACUGUCGGAAUAUUAUGACACCGUCCUGGUUUGUGGCGGUGAGGGGUUCAAGGUCCGACAAGUAGCCGAAGACUAUGGAUUCAAGACCGUUGUCCAUACCAAGGAUGUCCAGGCAUGGGACCCUACCAUCUCCCCCUGGAGCCAGCUAUCAGAGGAAGAGGUUAAACAAGCCAAAAUACGCGACUUCGACAAUUUGAACUUUGAUGCCAUCAUGGUAUUUGCCGACUCUAGAGAUUACCAAACCGAUAUGCAAAUAAUCCUGGAUCUUCUCCUCAGUGAAAAUGGCCGCCUGAAGACGAGGGCAAAGAACCCUCUUGCUAACCAGAUCCCAAUUUACUUCUCUCAGGGAGACAUAGUCUUCCCUACCGAGCACGCCCUUCCUCGUUUGACUCAAGGAGCCUUCCGCAUUGCCAUUGAGUCCCAAUACAAGACACUAACAGGCGGAGACCUGGAGCGUGUUGUAUACGGAAAGCCAGAGCUUGCAACAUACAAGUACGCGGACACCGUCAUACAGCAAUGGAUGAAGGAAAUCCACAAUGAACACACCCUGCCCAAGAACAUCUACAUGAUUGGCGACAACCCUCAGUCGGACAUCUGCGGCGGCAACAUGUAUGGCUGGAAUACAUGUUUGGUCCGCACUGGCGUCUUCAAGGGAGGUGAGAAUGACACCAACAAUCCCGCCAAUUUCGGAGUUUUUGCAAAUGUUCUCGAAGCCGUGCAGGCGGCCGUGAAGAAGGAACUUGGGCAAGAGUUCAAACUCCAGUGGCAGGAUGAAGAGGUCAACCCUGUCCUCCAGGCCGGUGGAGUCUCCGCAAUUGAGUAA